CCGCUUCGCUGGGAGUGUGAAGUGGGAGGGGAGGCGACUUUCCCUCCCGUCCUCGGCCGCUUCUGUUCUCCCCUUCUGUGUGCGUUUCUCCCUCCCUCUCUCCCUCCCUCCAUCCCCGCCUCCUCCUCCUCCUCGAAUUGCAAACCACCGUGUUUUCCAGGCGCUAUGAGGGUCGGGGCGACCGCGUGAGCGCAUCCCACAGGUGUGUUGCUGCCAAGCGAGCUGAGACACGCGAGCACGCGCGCGUACCUGGGAGGUUACCAUGUGACUCGGCACCUGGGCGUGGAGAAAGUCCCGAUAUCUCAGACCUGAGACUCUUUUGUUGAAGGAGUUGACGGUGUCGCCUCUCGACGACAGUUCGGUCAACUCGAAAUCCCGGAUUUCUACGGAGUAGUGCCUUUUUCCCCCAAAAACCCUCCUCGCGGGACUCGCGAGGACAUGUGAACUUGCUCAUGGACGUAGGUUGUUUCUCUAAAGAACGAUACUAAUUGCGACGGGAAAGGGCUGUUUGGUCUGUUGGCGCUUGUGCAACUUCUCUCUCCGCGCUUUCUCCCUGAAGAGCCCAGGCCCUUAAUGAAGCUGGGGGUCAGCGGCAGUGUGCGGCUAAUUGGCCAAGUUUGCCCGGGGCUCCGGCUGCCUGUGAUUGAAGUGUCCAGCGAGCGCCCACUGUGCAGCCGCCGCUGCACCCUUCUCUGUUCCACUCCAACAGGCUACACACUCCCUGCACCCCUGUCAGCCUCUCCCUAAGAUGGCAAGUUGGGUCUCCCUCCUCCUCUUCCUCUUCUGCCAGACAAUAUCACGUGCCCAGGAGGAGAGCAGCAAUAUUCCCAUCCUGGAGUUUGCCUGUGAGACCCCCAUCAAUAAUGUGGUUCAGGACCCCCAGACGGGACGCAUCUACCUGGGAGCGGUCAACACCAUCUAUCAACUGGGUGCGUCCCUUCGCCUUGAGGCCCGUGCUGAGACGGGCCCGAAAGAAGACGCACGGACCUGCACCCCUCCGGCUUCAGCCUGCCAGGACACAAAGCUCAUGCCCAACCUCAACAAGCUUCUGCUGGUCCACCCGUCCAACAGCUCCCUUAUAGUGUGUGGCAGUCGCUACCGCGGCAUCUGCUCCCUCCUCAACCUGUCAAAUGUGGACCAGCAGAUGUAUUACAGUGACAAUAAAGGAGAGAAGACGUACGUUGCCAGCAUAGAGGAUAACGUGAAUGUGGUGGGUGUUAUGUCUAACUACACAAAAGAUUUUCAUACCUUCAAUGUUUUUCUUGUGGGUAAGGGCUAUGGAAGCCUGGACAGUACAAAACUCAUCAGCACACGAAUUCUCCGGGACUAUAAGGAAUGGGUUGUGUUUGAGAGCAUCAUCGAGGCUUCGACAGUGCAGACGACGCCGUUUGUUCCCAAGUACUUGCACGACUUCCGACAUGCCUUCAAAGAGGACGGUUUCAUUUAUUUCUUAUUUUCUCGAACUCUUGACGGUACGGAUGGGAAAAACCUGACCUUCGUGUCCCGCCUUUGCGAAGAAGAUUACCAUUACUAUUCUCACACGGAGCUUCAGUUGAACUGUGGGCAGAAUAACCAAUACAACAAAGUCCAGGCCGCUUUUGUGGCUUCUCCGGGGAAAGAGCUGGCUCGGGUCAUCACUGAACGGGAUACAUAUGGGAAAGUGAACUCGUGGAGUAAGGUCCUCUUCAUGGUGGCAAGUUCAGAUGAGGACGACAGUAAAUCUGCUCUGUGCAUGUACCCCCUCAACUCCAUCAACAAACGCAUAGUGGAUAUCAUCAGCGCAUGUUACAGCGACUCGGGGAAGAUUUCAGGGGUACCUGCUGUGGACAUCCCCUACACAUCCAGAACGGAUGAAUUUUGCACUUCAAAAAUUUCGAAGGACACAAUAGAAUCAUUCAAGUGUGGUGCAGACUUCCUUCCAUCCCCAUUAGCAAGCAAGCCAAAGUUUGCCUUAGUGGCAGAGCCAGUGUGGACCACGCCAAGCCUUCUGACUGCUGUCGCUGUUGCCGUGGAGAAUGAUCAUACCAUUGCUUUCUUGGGCAAUAACCAGGGAAAAAUCUUCAAGGUUCAUCUAAAUCAGAGCAUGGUACCGGACGAGUACAGCAUGGCUCCUGGUGACAGUAUUGGGGAGAAGGUCAACAAGAACCUCUUCUUUGACAGCAGCCACAGCCACCUCUACAUUACCACAGAAAAAAAGAUCACCAAGGUGCCGGUGCAGACGUGCCUCCAGAAGAAAGACUGCCAUUCAUGCGUUGCACUGAGGGACCCUUACUGCGGCUGGUGUGUCCUGGAGGGCAGGUGCACCAGGAGGUCUGAGUGCCGGCGGGCAGGGGAGAAAAAUGGCUGGUUGUGGAGUCCAAGUCAGCAGUGUGUCAAGAUCGUUUCCUUCUAUCCCCCAAAUCUUUCCAGCAAAAAGACCGGCAAGAUACGGAUCAACAUCCCCUCUCUUCCUGCCAUUGGACCCUCUGACAGGCUCCAUUGCAAGAUUGGCUCGUUCAAAAGUGAAGGCACCAUGUUUGACACCAAUCAGGUCUCCUGUGAUCUGCCACAACCUUCACUUAUACCCCAAACACCAGAGGACCAAGAUUUUGUGGCUGUGGCUAUCAGGAUUUAUGUCAAUAAGACUGUUGAACUGGCUUCGCGGGAAUUCCAGUUCUACAGCUGCGCCGCCACAGUGAGGAAGUCUGAACGCACACCGUGCAUGUCUUGUGUGUCGAGUCCGUGGGGAUGCCAGUGGAAUACACAAGACCACACAUGCAGCGACAAGGAUGACAACAUGACGGGUUCCAGCAUCAUCAGACACCGCGAGGGAUCAAAGUGUCCUCGGUUUGAGAAUCCAGAUCCCAUCCUCAUCCCUGUGGGCAUCAAGACGCGAAUCAGCUUUGAAGGGAUCAAUCUAGACCACUAUCAGGGUCACACUUUCACCAUUGGAACAGAGCUGAUGAAAACCGUGGAGGAAGAGGUCAAAUCAGAAGGCGGCCCGUUCUACACUUUCAGUGGCUUCAGCUUUUCCUACGAUAAGGCACCAGAGACCAAUGUUCUUUUCUACAUCAAGGACAAGGAGUCCGGAAAGAAGUUGGACAGCACACUGAACGUCACCCUGUACAACUGCUUCAUUGGGAGGCGGGACUGUAGCCUCUGUAAAUAUGCCGACCCAAAGUACAGCUGCGUUUGGUGCCGCAAGCAAAAUAUGUGUGUAUACGAGAAGCUGUGCCCUGCUCAACUGGAGGAUCCACGCAACGUCGAGUGCCCCAACCCUGAGAUCACAGAGAUUAUCCCCCGUUUCGGCCCCAUGCAGGGAGGCAUUUCCAUCACCAUUCGUGGCUCCAACCUUGGCAUCUAUAAGGAAGAUAUUAAAAGCAUCACGGUGGUCGGGGAGCCCUGUAUCCAUGUGGAGGAAAAGUACUCUGUCUCCACAAGUGUGGUGUGUGAGAUUGGCCCCGUUGAUCCAAAGGAAACCUGGGGCUCCGUCGAGGUGGUAGUGAACAGUGGGAAGAGAGGAACAUCUUCCAUGGUCUUCACUUACAGGGACCCCAUUGCUGAAACGGUGAUGCCUUCUAGAGGUCCUAAAGCAGGUGGCACGCUCAUUACGAUUUCUGGAAGAUUUCUUGACACCGGCAGUCGGGAGGAUGUCAAAGUUACCGUCGGAAAUGUGGAAUGCACUGUGGAGCAAUUUGGAGAAAAGAUCACCUGCAGGACGGGAGAGUAUAAAGACGAUAAGGUGCCCUCCGACCCUCUCGACAUCACAAUGAAAUACGGAAAGAAUACCUCAAAAACCAUCCCAAGUGCCUUCCAGUUCAUGGACAACCCUACUGUGUUGGACCAUAACCCCAAAGGGAGCUUUGUCUGUGGAGGGAGGAACAUAGUGGUGACUGGCUCCAAUUUUGACCUCAUCCAGACUGCUGUCAUGAAGGUCCAGGGAGACAACUCAUCCGCUGUUGAGUUCGCCUACGACAAGAAUGACACGGUUAUCCAGUUUCAGUCUCCGACCAUCAACGGCUCUCUGAAUCAGCCCUUUAAAACCCAAAUCCAUCUGGACAACUGGGUGAAGGAGCUGAAGCCUUUCGACUACCACCCGGACCCCAGCUUCAACGAGCUGACCAAGAAGGUCAUCACCGAGACCAGCAUCAUCAUCGUCACGGGUCGAGGAUUCUCCAAAGCCAUGACUGCCAAAGAGGCUCAGGCCUUUGUGGGCGACGUUCCGUGUGUGGUCAACACUCUUCAAGACGACAAGCUGUUCCUGGACCCGCCGUCCACCGCGCCCCGCGCUCGCUCCAGACGGCAGCGCCGAGACACCCGGCCCGAGCUCUUGGACCUAAUGAUCCAGUUUGGAAAAGGGCAGUGGGUGGUCGGCUCAGUGCAGUACGAGAGCAAGAAUGAUUUGUCGCUGUACAUCAUCAUCCCUGCCGUCAUUGUGCCCAUGCUGCUCAUCAUCAUUAUUUCUUUGUACUGCUACAGGAGAAAGAGCCAGCAGGCGGAGAGGGAGUACGAGAAGGUGAAACACCAGCUUGAGAAUCUGGAGGAGAGUGUACGAGAUCGCUGCAAGAAAGAAUUCACAGAUUUGAUGAUUGAGAUGGAGGACCACACCAAUGACCUGAGUGAGGGGAGAAUCCCCUUCCUGGACUUCAAGACCUACACGGACCGGGUCUUCUUUUUGCCCUCAAAGGACGGUGCCAAUGAUGUCAUGAUCACAGGAAAGCUCAACAUCCCAGAAGCUCGAAGGGCAACAGUGACACAGGCACUCAACCAGUUUUCCAACCUCCUGAACUCCAAGACAUUCCUCAUAAAUUUUAUCCAUACCCUGGAGCGUAGUAACGACUUCAACGCCAGGGCCAAGGUGUACUUUGCCUCCCUGCUGACGGUGGCUCUGCACGGGAAGCUGGAAUACUACACUGACAUCAUGAGGACACUGUUGCUGGAGCUGAUGGGAGAAUACGUCCAUGGCAAGAACCCCAAGCUGAUGCUGCGCAGGUCGGAGACGGUGGUGGAAAGGAUGCUGUGUAACUGGAUGUCCAUCUGCCUUUACCAGUUUUUGAAGGACUCUGCAGGCGAGCCCUUGUACAAACUGUUCCGAGCCAUCAAGCACCAGAUCGAGAAAGGGCCCGUGGACGCCAGAGUGAAGAAAGCCAAGUACACUCUCAACGACACAGGCCUGUUGGGCGACGAUGUCGAGUAUUCUGUUCUGACCCUGCAAGUGCUGGUUCAUGGUGAGGGUCCAGAUGUUACACCCGUGAAGGUGUUGAACUGCGACACCAUCUCACAAGUCAAGGAGAAGAUCAUUGAACAAGUGUACAGGAACCUGCCGUACUCCCUGCGUCCCAAGGUGGACAGCGUUACUCUGGAGUGGCGCCCCGGAUCAACUGGGCAAAUUUUGUCAGAUCUGGAUUUGACUUCCCAGAAAGAAGGCAGGUGGAGGCACAUCAACACUCUGGCUCAUUACAACGUUAGAGAUAACGCCACGUUAGUGUUGUCUCGAGUGCAACACACUCAGCAGAACUAUGACCAGAACCAGGAAAACCAUGAAGAGAGAAAUGCUCUUUUGGACGAUGAUAAAGUGUUUCACUUGGUGAGGCCGGCAGAUGAACUGGAUGAGCUCAAAUCUAAAAGAGGAAGCAUAAAGGACAAGUCCAUGACCAAAGCCAUUACAGAGAUCUAUCUGACGCGACUGCUUUCUGUCAAGGGAACACUGCAGCAGUUUGUGGAUGACUUCUUCCGCAGCGUGCUGUGCUCCGGGGCUGUGGUUCCACCAGCUGUCAAAUAUUUCUUUGACUUUCUGGAUGAGCAAGCUCUGAAGCACAAUGUGGAUGAGGAGACCAUCCACAUCUGGAAGACUAAUAGCCUGCCCCUCCGGUUCUGGGUGAACAUACUCAAGAAUCCCCACUUUAUCUUCGAUGUCCACGUCUCUGAGGUGGUAGACGCGUCACUGUCUGUCAUCGCCCAGACCUUCAUGGAUGCCUGCACCAAGAGCGAGCACAAGCUCAGCCGGGACUCUCCAAGUAACAAACUGCUCUAUGCAAAGGAGAUCUCUACUUAUAAGAAGAUGGUGGAUGACUAUUACAAGGGCAUCAGGCAGAUGGUACCCGUCAGUGACCAGGACAUGAACACUCAUCUGGCAGAGGUGUCACGGUCUCACACAGACAAACUGUACACACAUGUGGCUCUUCAUCAGCUUUACCAGUAUGCCAGCAAAUACUAUGAUGGGAUCAUCGCGUCCCUGGAGGAGGACCCAGCUGCCCAGAGCAAACAGCUGACCCUGCGACUCCAGCAGAUCACAGCCACCAUGGAAAACAAAGUGACUGAUCUCUAACCCACUGAAUUAAAGGGGGGCGAGGAAUCGAGGGAUGUUGCCAGUGAAUACAUGGGCUUAGUUCUUCUUUUCUGAGCAAAACACAUGGAAAUAAGAAAUGUGUAGGGGGGACUCAUUUGAGUGUGUAUAUUGUACAGUUUGGGCCUAGAGCAAUUUACAGUUCUGUGGAGUUACAGGGCCUAAUUAAAUGCACAGAGAGCAAAAAGUGCAGAGGAAAGCGAUGGGUUACACUGUUAAAGGUACGCCUUAAGGCUCACUUGCCAAACCUUAGGUCUGAGCGCUCACUCAUGCUUCACUGAAUAAUGCUCCCACAAUGCAGCGUGAGAGACCUCUGAGAAUUAGGCCCCCUCUGUGGAGAACUGGCAAAAAAAAAAAAAAAAAAUGAUAAUCAGAUGUUCAAUUUCUGUCUGUGUAGAAAAGGUUCUAAGAGUUGUAUUAUAUAUUUUUUUUAUUGUGCAGUCUUUAUGCGGAAAGCUUUAUAAGGAAAAAAAAUGUAUCUUUUUAAAUGGAUCACAGUGUGGUGCAGACAGUGUUUUUAUUAGCCUGUGUGUGUGUGUGUGUGUGCGUGCGUGUGUGUGUGUGCGUGUGUGUGAAGUUCAACGCGUGAACACGAGUGUAUGUUGCUAAACUAGAUUGUGCGUUCGCGUGGAUUGUGAAUGUGCAGCCUUGUGGGAAUGUGCGUGCACAUACAGGUUGCCUACUGUCAGGCGUGAGAGCGAGGCGACGCCUGGUUUCUGUCAUUUUACACCCCACCACGCUCCCAACCCGAUACCCGGAAACACACUGGAGCCUGUGCUCUCACUGAGCUUUACAACAGAGACCAAAGGGUCCUCAGCAGGGCGCUGGUUAAUCUAGCAAACGUACAGGCUCAUAUGAAUGACAGGCCAGCAGUAGUUUCAGGAACAUUUGAGUUGAAUUCUUUGUUGUUGUUUGUUUUCUUUAUGUAGAUUUGCUUCAAGCUGGAUUGCCAAUUGUGCUUGUGGAAAUCGAUAAUAGCACAGACCGUCUCCCUUUAUUGUACAGUGCCAUGAAACAUUCCACUUCAACUAAAGCACAGGACAUUUCACAUGUUUUUCUUUUUUUACAUUUCAAUUAAUGACUGAAAGCACGCUUUUUUUUUAAAUAUAAUUGUCAACAAGAAGCAAUUUCUUUCUGCUAUGGAGCCAUGUCACUCAUAUUAGUCCUGCAAUAAAGUCAGUAUAGAAUGAGCCACAAUCAACACUUGGUUUAUCUAACUAAAUGCAUUUGCCAUAUAGUAGCAAUUCAGUGAUAUUUUAAAAAUGUCUUUCCUGUGUUGUUAAUCAUUUUCAUUUUGUGCCUUUUUUCUUUUGAACUCUUACCAUUGUAAUGAUCCAAAUAGUCAUCAAGCGUUCUGCCUUUAAAGCUAUGAAAUACCCAGUUGGUGAUAAUAAUACUCUGCCAGAGUACUGCAGCAGCAUGUGCUGAACAAACUGUCGUGAGUUUAAAGUUUGCGUAAUGUUGGGGAGGUAGAGUUCAAUCAUGUAGAUAAUAGAUAUGGUAAUUUGGAUAUUGAUGUGUCAGUGUCAGGGUGUAGACAUAGUCAGAUUGAGGAUUUUUAAAAUUUUGUUUUGGGCCAUUAAACGCUAUCCCUAAAUUGUAGGUCUUGCCGUUGACGGAUGAUUUAAUUGUCCUCUCUGUGUCUGAUCGUGGAUGUGUGUAGCUGACAGGGCAUAAUGAGCUCCAGAGACCCCAGAAUGUUAAUGAUUCCUGCCUUGGCUACAGAGGGGUUUGCACAGACCUCCAGCCUGCCUGCCUGCCGGCCAUCUCAGCAUGGCACUUCGGCAUCGCGACCAACAGCACUUGGCACUGCCCACUCAGCGCAGUGCAGAGUGGCUCUCUGUGUAAUGGAAUCAGCAGGGGAGGCUUUCCAUCUUAAUUGCAUGCUGACUGCAGACUCCAUCCUUGUCUCUGCUGUUGUUUACUGCUGACUCCUUUCUCACUGACAGAGUUGAUGCAAGAAGCUUCUUUCAGAGCCUUUCUUUAACCAACAAUGUGCCUUAUUGAAUAGGAUGAUACAUAUAUAUAUUGAUUCUAAAUUAUUAUGUCAGUAACCUAGGUGAUUAUGAUGAUCAUGAUAGUGCUAUAGACACAACAAUGUUUUUGGACUUGUAAUCUUAUGUGUGCUGUCUAAAAUGCUAGUUGCCCUGCUGCAGCCAUUUGCGUGCCAAUAGGCUGAAGACAUUUCAGUACAAAUUCUUUCAUGGUUGCAGUUUUGAUGUGUACAUUUCCUUUGGGUAUCUUUGGUGUGCGUGUGCUUAGUAGGACUUUGGUGAGUAAGGUAAAAAGCCAAAAUGAAUAAAUGUAAAACAGUGGCCAAUGUGACCUGGAUUUCCCUUGAAGCUAUCUGGCUUUCCUCAAAUUAGUCUGAAGAUAAAAGGGUAUCCUUAUGUAGAUUGAAUAUAACGCAAAAUUGUUCUAAUGGUGUUAUUUUUCUUUUCUUUUUUUUUUUUGCCCUGUGUUUUUAAGCUGUUCCACAGUGUGUACGAUAAAUGACUAUCUAUACUCGACAAAUGACCUUUCUUACUGCUGUGCAGUUAUUAUUUUUAUUUCUUGUUUCCUAUACCAUAUAAAUCUUUGUAAAACGCGUUGAUAUACUGUAUUCUAACUGUAUACUCCUAUGCAUUGAGUCCUGGGACAAAAGUAACAAAAGAGAGAAAAAAAACUUGUUUGUGCAGUUGUCGAGACUUUUUUUUUUGUUUUUUUUUUCCCCUCCCAUUUUUGAAACUUGUGAAUGUGCUGUAAUAAUAAAAUACUGGGACCCUACAGUCUCAGUACAGUAAUGGAAGCCGAUGUUUUCCUUCACGUCCACGGCAGCUCAGAAGAUUCUCGAUCUUGUACCUGAUCUGGAUGUUGUACUGGAUGAACCUAAUUUUACUAAAGUUGUAGGUGUGGGCGGAGCAGUUACCCACAGGUUUCAUCAUACCCUCCUACGUAAAUAAACUCAGAGACAUGUAUACCCUUCA